UAUCUCUAUCGUCUUCCCGUGUCUGGAAGGAUUUUGUUCUGUUAAACUUCUGAGAUUUCACAACAAUCUCAACACAUCCAGACGUCAGAUGCAAGUUUCUUUGGCCUCAUGUUUAAUCUGUCUGUGGGGGAAACUGUUGUUCUUACCUUGACAACCAGCCCUGCCUAUUCCUCCUAAACCAAAGGUCAGUCAUAAUCAAUUCGUUUUAUGACCACCAGUCUACAUGUCACUCCACCCUCCAACUUAACUCAUGCACAGAAUCAUCGGGGGAAACAGAGGCUCCUAUAAUCUGCUUCUGAGGCCUCAUCAGAGCUCCGGAGACCAGACAGUGGGAUUUUGAUUUAACAGGGGCAACUGGAAUACAGCAAUAAUGCCUUCCUCAUCCAAGACCCUAUUUUUCAUUCUCAGUGCGAACAUGACUGCCCUAUCUGUCGGGUUCAUGGGGUGGGGCAUGUCGACAGGGUGGGCUCGGACGACCAUGGAGUGUACAACUGCUGGAACAAGCUUCUUUAAUGGAACUGCUAUGAUCACUUUGAAGCUUUUUGAAGGGGUGUUGAGCAGAUCCUUCUGCCCUUCGUUUGGGGCGAAGGAUGUCGAUUUUCAAGUGGUUCCUAGGCUGAUAGAAAUAGAUGGCGCUGUCCCGGUGGCGCUGCACACUCUGGUCUUGUGCCUGUUGGCCCUGUGUUUGCUGUUUUCCGCCGGCAGCAUCCUCAUCGGCAUCUACAACUCUGUCAGCAACCCUUACGAGACCUACAUGGGGCCCAUGGGAAUUUAUGUCUGCAGCUCGCUCAGCACAAUCCAGUCGGUUCUUGUCCUCAUCAUAUUUGCGGUGAAUGUCAACGUGACCAACAUGGCAGAGGGUCUGGUGGAAAACUACGCAGAUGGCGUUGCUUUCGAGACGAGGAACAAGUCGUCAGAGUUGCUGCUGGGAUACUUCCUGAUCAUCCCAUACGUGGUACUCUCUCUCAGCGCCAUCCUCGUGAUAUACUUCUAUGAGCACGCGGCCUAUAAACAAAGGCAGGAACAGCAGAGGCCCACUGAGGACGCGCCCAAGGAGAUAAUGAUGUACUAACGCCAAUGGAAUCAGCGGCGUCGACAGGUUGCUCAUCAGGACUUUCUGGAGUAACUUUACUGUCAUGGGAAAUUACAGAGAUGCAAAGUACAAUAUGGAUGUUCAGCAUUUACAGAUAAGGUGGAGAAAUGUCCGAUCACAUAUCACCAUCACAGCGUUAAAUGUUGUCAUGUUAGAGCAGUGGUUUCUUUUAAUAGUCUAAUUGUAUGUCAAAUGAUUUAGGCUUACAUAUUUUGGGAUUUGAAAUAAUAUUCAUUCAAAAUAUAUUUAUUCUGGCUAAGAGUAAUAAAAAACUUUAUUUUUUAUAAUGAAAUGACAAAUUUAAAUCAAUACAUAAAGUGUACUAUAAAUCAACGGCUAUACAUGAAUACAACGACUCCCAUAUGUGUCUGUUAUAUGUUUGAAUUAUCAGUGAAUGUAAA